AUGGACACUAAGGACCAGCAACAGCCCGGCGCGGCCGGCGAGAACAAGCCCGAGGCCCAGAAGGCGCCGAAGCAGGCGCAAGGCCAGGCGGGAAGGAAGAAGCCCGAUGCGCAGAAGAAGCAGGCCAGCCCCGUUGAGAAGAAGGACGACAAGCCGGCCGAGCCCGCGCCGGCAGCUGAGGAGGCCAAGCCCGAAGAGGCCAAGCCUGAAGAGGCCAUGCCUGAGGCAGCUAAGCCCGAGGAGGCCGAGAAGAAGGUCGACGAGGCGAAGGACGACAAGCCUGUCGAGGAGGCUGAGAAGAAGGCCGAGGAGACCAAGCCUGAGGACAAGGUUGACGCCGCCAAGGAUGAGGCGAAGCCUGAGGACAAGGCAGAGGAGGCCAAGGACAAGGCUGAAGACAUCAAGCCUGAGGACAGGGUACAAGAGGUUGAGGACGAUGCCGAGAAGGCCGCGCCCGAGACCAAGCCCAAGAAGGAGAAGAAGGAGGCGCCCAAGAAGAGCAAGAAGAAGCAGCCCGAGCCCGAGCCCGAGUCGGAGUCUGAAGAGGACUCGGACGACUACUCGGAAGACGAAUCGGGUUCUGACGACUACUCUGACUCUGACGACUACUCCGAGUCCGAGUCCGAAGAGGAGGAAGAGGAGGAGGAGAAGCCCAAGGGUCGCACUGCACAGAGGCCAUCCAAGGGCCGCUCGCAGCCGUCGUGGAUGAAUGGCGACCGGGACGCGAAGAACAAGCAAAUGUCGCGCCGCGGCCGCAACCAGGGCGGCGAGGACGCGUACCGCCAGCAGCAGAUGAUGCAGCAGCAGCAGAUGCAACAACAGCAGAUGCAGCAGCAGCAGGGCGGUGGCGGCGGCGGCAAGGACCCCCUCAAGCUGAGGCUAGACCUCAACCUCGAGAUUCAGAUUGAGCUCAAGGCGCGGAUCCACGGUGAUCUGACGCUGGCUUUGCUGUGA